AUGGAAUUUUCGGUCACCGUGGCCUUCAGAAUCAAAAUUAUGGAUCUCCAGCAUCAGGAUCUGCACCUAAAAGCAAAAAAAUACAUAGGGAAAAUAGAGAGAAUAGGCUAUGUUAGGGCCCUUAGCGAUGGAGUUACCAGUUUCAACCAUAUUUUUUGAAUUUUCGUCUAAUUUUGGUGAUUUCAGUGUCUCCAAACAACGUCGGCCAGGCCUCCGGCCACCGCUCGAGCCCAGCAUCCGAGCGCCAAGCCCAUUCCGCGCAGGCUGAACAACUGCCGGCGGUAAUGGCCCCUCCUCUGGUUGGCCAGCACCCAACCGGCGUCCCAGAGGAGGGUAAAGAGGGGUCAAGCAGUACCACUGGCCCCUCGGGCUUCGGCCCAGAACCUGCCCCAACCGACCAGGCGGUUGAGGGCUCGAUGGUGGACCUCUUGGACUUCUCGUCCACAUCAAGAUUUGAUGGCAGCUCCAGUACGAGUGAGGAGCACUCAACGCUCCACAGCGUCCCAUCAAUAAUGUCCCUUGAAGCCUUCGAUGAGAAUGCAGCCUCUGAAGAGCCAUUAGAAGAUCAAAAUGCCCGCAUUCGAUGGCAAAGAAACUUCUGGAAGGAGCAGUGCCGCAUAAUUUGGGAGCGGCAGGCCACAUUGGAAAGAAAAGUUGAAUUCUACCAAGAAGCCCUGAAAGAGGCGGAACUUGAGGCCAAGAAGGCCAAAGAAGCCGCCUCCGCCGCCAUCAAAAAGGCCGAAGAAGAAAGGGCACUGAAGGAAGAGGCAGAGAAAGAAGUCUCCGAAUUGCAAGCCCGCCAUCGAGAACACCUUCGGACAGCAGUCGCCGACGGCCGGCCACCAAGGGCCGAAAGAUCCAGGUCCAGAAGCCCGCUGAUGACGACAGCGUGGUCAAUAACGCCAACAACUGCGGACAUCCUAAGGAUUGACGUCACCCAGCCUCCAGUGACCCAACACUCGCCGCCACCUACAGAAGCACAAAAUCACGAGGCUCCUGGGCCUUUACGAAGGAUGCCAAACUGCAAAAGGCGUUGUUGCCUCCAGCCCUCAGUCGACCCUCAACGUCCUCGGCCCCACCGAAGGUCGAGGGAACUUCAAGGACUUGGCCCAGUGCUUCAAGAAGAGGACAAUGGCCCAGAAGAACACCAACGUCCACGAAGGGAACGAAGACCUCCUUCACGGCUCAUCGUGGACAUGUCGAGCCGAUCGUAUCGGACUUCACAGGAGUCCAGGUUGCCUCGUAAGUCAAUUUUUUCGAUAUCUUUACCAUUUUUACCCAAAACGCCCUUCAAAAAUUAUCAAUUUCGCAUUUUUUCAAACGCUAUAUUUACUAUCGCAAUCUUAAUCAAUAACAUCAAGAUUUUUUCAGGUCGAAGGGCAGUAAAUCCCUAUUAAGUGGUCAGAAACCCAACUCGGCGCAGUCAUUCAUGCCUAAUAACGAUGCCUAAUAACGUAAGUUUUUCGCAGCGUCCCCCCAAUAAUUCUAAUCUUUUAGCAAUUUGCCCAAUUAAAACUUACGACAAGCAACCACGAGAUCCUGUGUCGUCCAAAUGCACUCAAACCUUAGUUCGACCGGCUGGAACAAGAAAAAUGUAAGUUUUUUUGCAAAACUGUUUUUGCGAGCUGUGCCCGAUAUAACAAUUGCGUUUUGUUAUACACUGUUGGAUUUUGGGGGCAUAUUGUAGAAGAAAAUCGUAGCAUUCGCGGUAAAAUGACUCGUAACGAUCGAUUUUUUCAGAUGCCCAAUUCGUGAACAGCCGGAGCACCCGGCCCCCCAUUUCAUCCGGGGGCCCUCUGGAAUACUUGCGGGUGCUCGGUGAGAUCAAAUAAUGUAAGAGUUUGGUGUUUGAAGAGUUUUUGGUCUUAAUUUAGACUAAAGCAAUAUAAUUUAAUUAUUUUCAGAUGAAGAUCGAUCCAAAGGGAAGAAAGGCACCCGAGCCCCCUGAAUCAGCCCGGGGGGCCUUUGGAACAAAUACAGGGUGCCAUCUUCCCCUUGUUUUGGUCAAUUUGCGGCCGAAAUUAGGUAAGUUUUCGUGUUGUAUUUACAUUUUUUAUCUUAUUUUUUGCAGAUCUCGUUCAAGCAAGACUGAACUGAGAGGGAGAGAGCACCCUAGCCCCCUGAAUGAGCCCGGGGGGCUUCUGGAUCGCAAAAGGGUGCUCUUCCCCGUUUGUGGUCGAAGCCGGAGCACCCCGGCCCCCCACUUGAUCCGGGGGGCCUUCUGGAAAAUAAACGGGUGCUCGGCAGGACCACAAAAUGUAAGAUUUUGUUGUUUUUUAGAGUUUUUGAUCUUAACCUAGAAUAAAGUAAUGUAAUUCCAUUAUAUUUUCAGAUGAAGACCGGUCCAAGGGAAGAAAGGCGCCCUGGCCCCCUGAAUGAGCCCGGGGGGCCCUUGCAAGAAUUAAAGGGUGCCAUCUUCCCCUUGUUUGGUCAAUUUGGGACGGAAAUCAGGUAAGUUUUCGUGUUGAAUUUAUAUUUUUCAUUUUAGACCCUAGACGAAAGUAAUGUAAUAUGAGUUAUUUUCAGAUGA